AUGUCUGAAGAAAUGAAGUAUUUGUAUGGAAUUUGGUAUAGUUCACACUUUUUAGAGCCAAAACGAGAAAUGAACAAAACGCUUCCAAAUGCCCGAAGUUGCAUCUCGUCUUCAGAUCAGCACUUUUUCCAAAUCAGCAGUGAAGAAAUCAGCAAAAAUUGUCCAAAUUUUACUGAAAUCAUCUAUCCUAUAACAUGGCUCUAUAUUUUAGGAGCAACUACUACAUUUACAGCACUUUUGUAUUUGAUAUACAAAAUCUUGAAACCAAUCAAUUGGAGAAAGGAUUUGACUGCGAUCGGUUAUGACCAUUUGCGUGGAGGUUUAUACAAGGUUAAAUAUGCAAGAAGGGCGAGGAAAGUUGGAGAAACGCUGCCUCCGCCGUUUCCCAAUGGGUGGUUCGGGAUUUUGGAGUCCAAAGAGUUGAAAGCUGGGGAAGUCAAAAGUGUCAAUUGUUUGGGUCAGAAUUUCGCAGUAAUGCGUACGGCCAAGGGCGAGGCCGCCGUUUUGGACGCCUAUUGUCCCCAUUUGGGCGCCAACAUGGCAAUUGGCGGCGUAGUCCGCGACAAUUGCCUCGAAUGCCCUUUUCAUCAAUGGAGAUUCAGCAGCGAGACCGGACAAUGCUCCGGGGUCCCUUACAGUGUCAAGGGAACAGUGCCAAAAGCUUCAGUAAAAAAAUGGGAAUGUCGCGAAGUCAACGGAAGUAUUUUCGUGUGGCACCACGUUGACCCGGAAAUAACUCCGUGGGAAAUUCCAUCAGUUCCGGAGGUGGAAUCCGGAAGAUGGAUGUACCGCGGAAGGAACGAGUUUUAUAUCAAUUGUCACAUACAGGAGAUUCCAGAAAACGGUGCAGACAUAGCCCACUUAAACAGUGUUCACGGCCAAAAUCUAUUCGCGUCAAAUAGCCAAACUUCCUCCUCAAACUUUUCCCUAAUAUCAGAAAUUUUAAGCAACUUUAUCCACACUUGGAAUGCUGUUUGGGAACCUCGUGAAGACGAAGACAAAACCCACAGGGCUGUCAUGAACCUUCAACACGCCUUGGGAAUCAAAGGGUCCAAAUUUAGGAUGUUCCAGAUGGACGUGAGGGCUGAACAGAUUGGUCCAGGAUAUGUUCAACUAAAUAUAAGUACAUCAAUUGGACGAAUGGUGAUUUUGCAAACCGUAACUCCUGUGGAACCUUUGGUGCAAAAAGUGGUGCACAGGAUAUAUUGUCCUUGGUACCUAAUUCCUUAUGCUUCGUUUGUAAUGCUCGGAGAAUGCAUAAUGUUUGAGCGAGACAUAGCAAUUUGGAACCAUAAAAAGUACAUGAACAACCCUCAUUUUCUAAGGGAGGAAAAAUCGAUAAAAAGGUACCGUACAUGGUAUCAACAGUUUUACUCGGAUCAGAGCAAAACUUUCAGGGAAGCCACUGAAGAGACACUAGAUUGGUAA